UGUCUCCUACGGAAACGUUCUCAAUACACAGUGAAGACUGUAUAGUGAAUAACCUGUAAACACUACUUACGAGUCGUAUGUCGGCUGUCGGUUAAGUUUUGAAAUUUGAUUGAUAUUUGGUGUUGAAUAUAUGUAGAGUGAAUUUGUGUACGUGUUAACUCAUAACUGUAAAUUGACUUAAAUUCAUAACAAUUGUUAUAACUAUUACAAGUCAUUUUUUAUUCAAUUCUAUACGUAUUUUGACUCCAUUAAUAGUAAUUUAAUUUUUUGCAAAAUAACUAUUGACAAUGGCAGACCAUCUUCUCCAGAAAAAAAAUGUUUCAAAUGAAAAACCAAUUGAAGUUUUCGUCAGAGUGAGGCCUUUGAACGAUGCAGAAAAAAGUAAAGGCUUAUCUGUGGUAGAUGUUUCAUCUAACCAUAAAGAAAUUAUUGUAACAGAAAAAACAGUUUUAGCUGAUCGUCGUACUAAAACAUUCCAUUUCGAUAAAGUUUUUGGGCAAAAUUCAAAACAAGUUGAUGUUUAUAACGUUGUUGUAUAUCCAUUAAUUAAAGAAGUAUUAGAUGGAUACAAUUGUACAGUAUUUGCAUAUGGACAAACUGGAACAGGGAAGACUUUUACCAUGGAAGGGGAUAGGCUAAAUGGACAAUCGUCAGUAUCUUGGAAUAAGGACCCAAUUUCAGGAAUUAUUCCACGAGCUCUAAGUCAUAUGUUUGAUGAACUUAGACUCUUACAAGUUGAACAUACUGUUAGAGCGUCAUUUUUAGAACUUUAUAAUGAAGAAAUUUUUGAUCUUCUUUCUUGUUCAGAAGAACCCACUCAUAAAUCUCUUAGGAUUUUUGAAGAAAAAAAAGGUUCAGUAAUUGUACGUGGUUUAGAAGAAGUUAUUGUUAGUAAUAAAAAUGAAGUUUAUAAAUUACUUGAAAAGGGAUCAAAAAGACGUCAAACAGCUGCUACAUUAAUGAAUGCUCAAUCUAGUCGUUCACAUACAAUAUUUACCAUAACUGUUCAUAUAAAAGAGUCAACUAUUGAGAAUGAAGAUAUUGUUAGAGUUGGCAAGUUAAAUCUUGUAGACUUGGCUGGUAGUGAAAAUAUUGGACGCUCUGGUGCAAUUGAUAGACGUGCUUGUGAAGCUGGCAAUAUCAAUAAAUCUUUACUUACACUUGGUCGUUGUAUAACAUCACUUGUGGAACAAACUCCUCAUGUUCCAUACAGAGAAUCAAAACUUACUCGUUUGUUGCAAGAUUCUUUAGGAGGUAAAACUAAGACCUCUAUUAUUGCUACUAUAUCACCAUCACAUUGUAAUUUGGAAGAAACUAUGAGCACUUUAGAUUAUGCUUCUAGGGCUAAGAGCAUAAAAAAUAAGCCAGAAGUAAAUCAGAAGUUUACAAAAAAAGCAUUAAUCCGAGAAUAUACUGAUGAAAUAGAAAAACUUAAACGAGAUUUAGUUGCAACUAGAGAUAAAAAUGGUGUUUAUGUAGCUGAAGAAAAUUACAACGAUAUGGUAUUAAGAUUAGAAAAAAAUGAAGCAGACAUCUGUGAAAAAAUUGCUACAAUUCGAGCUGUAAAUGAAGAAUUAAAUAAAAAAGAAGAAAUUAUGAGAGAAUUAAAAGUUGAUUUAAUUCGAACAAUGGAUGAACGUGACAGAAGAGACAGUCUUAUUGUUAAACUCGACAAAGAAGCUACAAACUUAAGGUCCUUAGCUGAAAUUUAUGAAAAUGACAUGAAAUUACUUCAUGAUAAAAUAGAUCGCACAAUUGAUGUGGAAAAAACAAACGAAUCUGCCAUUGAGAAGUUAAGGAAUCGAGUAAUGGAAACAAAUACUUCAUUUUCAAAUACAUUAUCGUUAUUUGAAAUUAAAAAUAGAGAAUAUUUGGAUACACAAGAAAAACUCAGUGAUGACAUGCUUGAUCAAAAUACAUCAAUCAAAAAUAAUCUACAAGUAGUUAUGAAUAAGAUGAAUGAUGAUAAUGAUGCUACUAUGAAUAUUUUCACUAUUAUGAAGAAAAAGGUAAUGGAUUUAUUGAAUCAUGGAGAAAAUGGAAAAAAUGAAUUGAAUCAAACAAUACAAAACUUGCUAAAGGAAAUAGAACUUUUGGAAGUUAAUAUAAUAGAGAAAUCAGAAACAAUAAUUAAUGUUACUACAUCUAUGGAUUUAUAUCAUAAUGCAAUUUCAAAUCACAUUAAUGAGACAAAAUCUUACAAUAAAAAUAUAAAUGAAGUGCUGAAUGAAAUUAAAUACCGUUUGACUACUCAAGAAGCUUUUAAUAAAUCUAUCGAAAAUCUCUAUGUUAACCGUUUGAAAAAAUGCUACGAAUCAAUGGAUAUGGAAAAACAAGAAACUUUAAAAAAAAUCCAAAAGAUCAAGGACAAUUAUCUUAACUAUAGCUUACAAUUUCAACAAUUCAAUACUCAAUUCUUAGAAAAUAUUCAACAUGCUGAAGAGACAAAAGUGUAUGAUGAAAUACAUUCAGAAUUUAAUACUCAAAAUAAUGAAAUAUCAGAAAUGUUUACAAACCAAGAUAAAGGAAUAAAAGAUUUGAUGCCAUGUCUACUAACAUUAGAAAGAAUACAUUUACAAAAUUCUAAUUUAAUUCAACCGAUUGAGCACAAUAUAAAUGAGGGCCGUUUAACAAUGAAUACCAUAACUGAUGGAGCUCAAUUAAAAAAAUUAUCAGAGAAAUGCAGUAAUAACAAAGAUGAACUUACAAAAAUUUCAACUGUAAUGAAUAAAGAAUUAAGUCAUUUGACUCAAGGAAUAAAAACUAAUGUAGAAACUGCCAAUGAUGAUGUUUUGAAAAUAACAAACAAUGUGUCCGAAACACUUCUUGAUGCUAAAAAAAUUAUGGAUGAUUUUGGAAAUAUUUCAAAAGAAUAUCACACAAAUUUUUCAGUAAUCAAAGAAAAACAGAAUGAUUGUUUAGGUACAGGCAGCUUAUGUGUUAAAGAAGAAUUCUUCCGACAAGAAACAAAUAUAAACAUGUUUUUGAAUGAAUCAAAACAAUGCACACCAUUAGGAAGUACCCCAAAAAGAAAACAAUUUGACACUCCAGAUUUUGUUAAUACAACAUUAAGACGUGACAUUAUUCAAAAUUAUUUAGUUGAUUAUAAUGAAUCAGUAAUGAAUUCUAUACCUUCAUCUGUAAAUUCUAGCACACAAUCCUUAAAUGGAUCUGAAUCCAAUUUACCAUCUAAAGAAAAUAGUCCUAAAGCCUUAAAGAAACAUGAGAAGAAAAGAGAAAACCAAAAAUUCAGAAAAACGAACAAAAUAUUGUCAGAACGAAAUUAAAUUUUGACUAGUUUUUUAGGUAAAUUAUUUUUCUUGAUAUAAUAUUUGAUAUUACAUUUCAACAAUGAAGAUUAAAUUUUAAAUUACAUUUUUAUAAUUUAGUGUUAUAUAUUUUUUUUUUUAUAUAUAAAUGCUGCUUUUGCAUUUUAUUUGGAAUACAAUUAUGAUUUUUUUUUUCACAAAUUUUCUUAUUAUACUUUUUGUUAAAAAAAAUUAUACUUAUAUUAUUUAAAAUAAUGUAUACUUUUUUGUCAUUGUGUAAUGUGUACAAAACUUGGUUUGUUGCUAUAUUUAUUUGUGUAAUAUGAAGAUAAAAAUGUAUUUUUUAAAUUCUUUUUAGUUUACUGAAAUAUUUUUUUUUUUACAAGAAUUUUUGUAUUCAUAAAAACAAGAAUUAAAAAGUGUUUAAUUAUUUGUUAA